UUUCCUGAAAGAACUCAAGCAAGCAAGGUUGAGAUGAGCUCGAGGCGGAGUGGUGGAAGUUGCACAAAAGGCAAGGGUGGUGGCAGCAACGGUAGUGGUGGACCGUGUGGGGCGUGCAAGUUUCUGCGGAGGAAGUGUAUGCCAGAGUGUAUAUUUGCACCCUACUUUGACUCCGAACAAGGUUCAACUCAUUUUGCAGCUGUGCACAAGGUGUUUGGAGCAAGCAAUGUGUCAAAGAUGCUUCUACAUAUUCCUGAACAUAAACGGCUUGAUGCAGCUAUAACUAUAUGUUACGAAGCACAAGCUCGAGUCAGAGAGCCAGUUUUGGGCUGUGUUUCUCAUAUCUUUGCCCUUCAACAACAGGCUGCAAGGUUGCAAAUAGAGAUCUCAUAUUUGCAAGCGUACCUAGCAACAUCUGAGCUUCCAAGAUCCGCACCCCAUCUUCAGGCACAACCACCAGCUCUGGUCAAGAAGCCAACUCUAUCCUCAAUUAUAAGCCUUCCAUCAGAUUGCCCUUCUUUUCCUGCUGAAUCAGAUCUUUCUCUACUUCUCGAUCCUGUCGAGCAAGUUUCACAGGAAAAAUUGCAGUCUCCAUUGGAAUCAUACCAAAUUGGAAGCAACAAUUUCCCAUCCAUGGGCAGCAUUGAUCAACAAGUUGUCCAAAAACAACUGUCUUCGAUGCAACGCAUUGGUGCCUCUCUAUUUCCAAACAUCCCUAAACGAGCUUAAUGGCUAAUUGGACUGCUAAUCUCAUGGUUUCUCCUGCUGAUCAAUAAAUUAAACGUCAACUUGAAAGUUUCAAUAACGGGCUUGUUAAAUUCUUAUUGUGUGUACUUUUUCAGUUUGAAAAUUAUGCAACCACUACCCUUGAAAAAGAAAUGAAAGCGGAAAAUUUGUGUUCUUUUAUACAUCAAUUCAAUAAGAAACGAGAAUUUUCGCAA